CGCAGUGUGCGGGUGCACGGGUGACGUCCUUGCGUCGCCCGCGAUGUGAGGAGCCUGGGCGCUAGUUGGAUCCAGUUUGAUCUAGCCGGCGGUGGCGAUGACAGGAGAAGCAGCCAGCGGGAGGCCAUGCAGCAUGAAAGCAGGAGCGUGACUGUGGGGAGAGGGAGGACUGAAGCUAAGCAGUGUGACAACUUGUCAGAUGGUGAAUCAAAGUAUUCAUAAAAAGCCAGCCUCCCUGGAAUGUCUCUGGAAAUCUGUUGGUCUUUGAAUGUGAACUUAUGUGGACAAAGCAAUUCGGCCAAAUAUCUCUAUAUUUGAGGAGGCAAGUUCGGGCUGGAAAAGACACUGCAGAUGCCAAGCAUGACGCAGCAGAAAUCUUUGCGCACUGCGCCACCUGAUGGCGGCUGGGGGUGGAUGAUUGUGAUUGGCUGCUUUCUUGUUACAGUUUGCACACGUGCCGUUACAAGAUGUAUCUCAAUAUUCUUUGUUGAGUUCCAAAUAUAUUUUGGUCAAGACUAUUCGAGAACAGCUUGGAUACAUUCCAUUGUUGACUGCGCUACUAUGUUAUGUGCCCCCCUUGGAAGCUAUGUGAGUAAUCAUGUCUCAUGUCAAAUGGGAAUCAUUCUCGGUGGGCUACUGGCUUCCACGGGACUCAUCCUCAGUUCGUUUGCUACAAGCCUGGAGUACCUCUACCUCACACUCGGAGUCCUCACAGGUCUUGGAUUUGCACUUUGCUACAGUCCUGCCAUUGCCAUGGUGGGAAAGUACUUUAACAAGAGAAAAGCCUUGGCCUAUGGAAUUGCCAUGUCUGGAAGUGGGAUCGGCACCUUUAUUUUAGCCCCUGUGGUUCAGCUGCUAAUUGAACAGUUUUCCUGGCGCGGAGCAUUACUCAUCCUUGGCGGUUUUGUUGCCAAUCUUUGUGUCUGUGGUGCUUUAAUGCGACCUAUAAACCUGAAGGAGCACAGCUCAAAUGAGCCAAAGGAAAGCAACAUUCCAUCUUCCACAUGUUCACCUCUGAGUCAAGAAUGCACUCACAAGAGUUUAUGUUACUGUUCUCAAAAGGAGUAUAGCUUCCUGCUGAAACCAAACUUCAUCAUACUAGCCAUAUCCUUCCUAUUUCUAGCAUAUGGAUGCAGCCCUCCAUUUGUCUACCUAGUGCCCUAUGCUCUCAGUGUUGGCGUGAGCCACCAACAAGCUGCCUUCUUAAUGUCUAUUCUUGGCGUGAUAGACAUUGUUGGUAAUAUCACCUUUGGAUGGCUCACCGACAGAAGGUUCCUGAAAAAGCACCGAUACAUAUGCUACCUCAUAGCAGUGGCAAUGGACGGCCUGAGCUGCCUUUUCCUUCCAGUUCUAACGUGCUUCCAAUUACUUGUGCCUUUCUCUGUUACAUUUGGUUAUUUUGAUGGUGCCUAUGUGGCUUUGAUUCCUGUUGUGACCGGGGAUGUUGUGGGUACAGCCAGUCUAUCAUCUGCCCUUGGUGUGGUGUUCUUUCUCCAUGCAGUUCCGUACUUGGUGAGCCCACCGAUAUCAGGGUGGCUGGUGGACACAACUGGGAACUAUACAGCCGCAUUCCUGUUGAGUGGAUUUUCUAUGAUUUUUUGUGCUGUCUUACUAGCUGUUGCCAAACUGAUACAGAAGAUAAAACGCAGAGAGCUGACACUGACUGUGCCAGCCACUGAAACCAAGCAAGAGAUCUGGACUAAUGGAGACAUGUCCUGUCCAGUCACUGAAGAAUGUAACCACAAAGAGGUUUAGAUGAAAAAAGGUUUAACAUUUGUCAGUGACUAGAGAGGCCUAGAUUCUUGAAAUUAGGCAGAACAUGAGAAAUCAGCAAAGCCUAUUCUGUACUGUAAUAAUAGACUAUGACAAAUACCAUCCAUCGGCUUUCAAACAGAAACUUACAGUCUUGUGACAAAGGAAUUUACAGCUUGUGAAUGUCCAUAUUGCAUAUCACAUGCAGAAAACCUGCACUUUAUAAGGAGCGUUCUAGAAAACUUUAUGAACUGUCUGGCGUACUCCUUUAUCAGGAGUAGAUUUUUGGAAUAUGAAAAAGUAUAUUUUAAUUUGAAAUACUACAGUGAGCAGUCCUUUGUUGAUGUGAGAAUGUUUUCAAUGCAAUGCAUUUAGAAGAUAAGCUAUGAACUUGUCAGUCUUCACUACUGGAACAUGACUAAGCUUUAUUUUGUUUGAAAUUAGAAUGUGGACUACUUAAAUCAGU